AUGGGGCCAGACGCAUCAGGGGGCGGUGGGACCACGCGUCCAACACCGUCUGCUACCAAGAGGAACAGCGCGAUUAGAAAAGAGCAGAACAGAAAUGCGUCUCGCAUUUACAGAGAACGAAGAAAGCAGAGGCUGGCAUUGUUGGACCGACUCCUUGAGAAGGAUCAAGAUCAGGCACUCCCAGAUUCGUCACAGGAAAGCGCUCCAGCGGGACCGGCUUCGUCGCAGCCGGAAAAUGUGCAGACUGUCUCCAGCUUGACGCCCUCUGACGGGCCAGGCGCAACGCCCUUGGUGCAGCUCCCUUCCUCGGAGCCUUUGGGUGAAGUUGUCGAGGCAGAGGUACCAUCUGCCUUCGACAGCCUGUCCUUUGAUGGAACAUGGCCGUUAUCAAGCAAUGAUCCGAUAUGGAACUUCGCGGUAGAACAAGAUGGCACUUCUGGAAUGGCUCAGCCGCAUCCAGAACUGCCGACUCUAGCUCCGAGUCCUUCAUCCAUACUUGGCUGUGCUGGCCAAGACGCCAGCUGUAGUGACGAUGGGGUCGUGGAGGGCGGGAAACGGUCCCAAAACAGAGACUUCUCAGCGGCGAUGGCAUUCGGCAGCACUGGCACCUUCUUCUACACUCCAGGGCAACGAUCUAUGUAUCUCCUCGAACCCUCGAGCUCUCCAGAAAGCGACAAGGGAAAAGCAGUAGCCUCAAAGGCUGCAUCGCUAUCGUCAUCAUCAAGACUAUCAACGACAUUGGUACCAUCAUCAAGAUCAGCAGCUUCCACUCCCUGCCCACUGCCAGGCGAGGAGAGCCUCGGAGAGUUCAUGGAUCACCUCAUGAAGCUCCGGCCCCCGGACGCCAAGCGCAUAAUCUAUGUCCAGCAACACGGCCUCUUCGCUGCGGUCCUGGACAACACCCUUGCAAUCGGUGUCUUGGACGGCCCAAAAGGGGUCUUUGCCGACGAGGCGAACAGCCCGUUCAACAGGGACUGGAUCGACAGCAAGGGCUCCAUGGAGCUCGCGCUGAUCCGGUCCAAGUUCUCGGGCGCGCCCAAGGACCUGCAGCCCGUCGACGUCCAGAUCACCGUCGAGCACCACGUCUACCUGGACGUCAUCCCGUUCCCGUCGUUCCGGGAGAGGACGCUCAAGGCCCUCGCAUGCGACCCGCCCCUAUUCGAUGAGGACGAGUUGUGCUACGACAUCUGCAACUUGGAGGGGCUGAUUGUCUGGGGCUCGCAGGGAAACAACCAGGGCAUGGAUGCGUGCAGACCCUGGGACAUGCGCUGCUGGGAGCCGAAGCCGUGGUUCCUGAGGAAAUAUCACUUUCUGGUUGGUGGAUGGGAGGACGAGAUGUGGAGAGCCGCAAGGUGGUGGCAUGCGAUGCGGAAUGAAAAGAUAGCUGCUGGUCCUGUGAGAUUGUCGGCUUUGACCUAG